AUGAGCACAGUGCUGAUGUUUGACGUCGAGCAGAACGGCUUGCUCUCGUCGGUACCGUACAUCGCAAGGUUCUGUGGAUUUUUCACGUGGACAUAUCUGUCUGGAGUUCUCGGUAAGAGAAUCAGCGUCACCAGAGUCCGGAAGAUCGUGCAGACGACAGGGUUUCUGGCAGCGGCACUGCUGACCGUCGGAAUCAUCCACACCCCGGUGUCACAGAGGACAGUCCACGUCGUGCUGAUUGCAGGGGUGACGUCCUGCCAGUGCUGCACCGUCGCCGGGGCCCUUGUCACAACGCUAGACAUGGCUCCUCAGUUUGCGUCAGUAAUUACAGCACUUGGAACAGCGGGGUCGGUGGUGGCACAGAUGUUGUCCCCGUUGAGUACGUCUUACAUCAUCGUCGACAGGACUCGGGAGCAAUGGAACAUCGCCUUAUACCUCACCGUCGGCAUCUACCUGUUUGCCACCACCGUGUUUCUUAUUUUCGGAAAUGGCGAGUUACAGUCAUGGGCAGAUAACUCUCGUACUGUCAAGACCAAGGAACCAAAUAAAGGUUACCUGAACAGCGCUUACAGCAGUGAUACUGCACCACAGAGUGGACCGAAAGAGAAGAAAGACGUUGGUUCAGAAAGAACAAUAACACACUUUUGACAAUUUUCCCAUGCAGAUUCUGUAAAUCCUCAUCUCAUCUCCAUUUUUCGAGAUAUGGGUUCCACCCUCUGCAUGAUAAUGCAUUUACAAAAGUUGUCUUACUUUCUUCAAUAAAGAUUGUUUUCUUCAAACCUGAAGGGUUAAUGCAUUUUCAACAAAUUUUUGGCAAACUUUGUUUGGCACAU